GGCGACUUUUGUCGCACGGAGAAGACUAAAAGAGCAGGAUUUCAAAACCCCAAAACCUCACGCUCAUUAACUCCGGCGAUUCCCAGAUCCUCUCUCAAAAUCCAGGUCCAAAUCACAAUCCCAAGUCCAACCGAGCACCUAUUUCUCUCUCUCAGCCGACGACUCUCUUUCCCGCUGACGCCGUCCUCCCUCCCCGCAACGACGCCAUCCUCCUUCCCCGCGACGACUCUCUCUUCCCUCGCCGAGGAUUUGCGAUCCUCUCUCUCCGACGCCCUCCCCCAGCGACGACGCCGUCCUCCCUCCCCGCGACGACGCCCACCGUUUGAUGAAACAAAAUGAUCCUGGCAAUUCCCGCGCUCUUCUGCUCAUUUUCUUCAUGUGAGAAGUCAUGGCUUCAACCAUUAUCUUGUGCUGAUUCCCCGAAGAGAAAUCAAAUUUGUUUCAAGGAGAUUGGAGGAGCUACCAAAUCAAGGCAUCACGUGACCAGGAGGUGUGAAUGCUUGGACCUCCACAAUGAACUUGUUCCUUACAAACAAGCUUGGUCGUGGCAGAAGUCAAUGGUAGACAGGAGGCAUAAUAUGGUCGAUAGAGAUGAAGAUCACUCCGACUCGCUAAUUGCUCUUCAACAUCCUUCUGUAUAUACAUUAGGCACUGGUGGUCAGGAGAAGUAUUUAAACUUUGAUGUUCAAAAUGCUCCUUAUGAUAUAUACAGAACUGAACGUGGUGGGGAAGUUACAUACCAUGGGCCUGGACAGCUUGUUUUGUAUCCUAUCAUAAAUCUUCGCUUCCACAAAAUGGAUCUCCAUUGGUACCUGAGAUCACUUGAAGAAGUGGUAAUUAGAGUUCUUCGAUCAACAUUUUCCAUAAAUGCAUCGAGGGUUGAGGGUUUGACUGGAGUGUGGGUAGGAAAACAAAAGGUUGCUGCAAUUGGGAUUCGAGUUUCUCGAUGGAUAACUUAUCAUGGGUUAGCGUUGAAUGUAACUACAGAUUUGACUCCCUUUAAUCACAUUGUUCCUUGUGGAAUACAAGAUCGUGGGGUGGGAAGUGUCAGAGAGCUUUUGGGAGGAUCAUCCUAUGGGACGAAAUACGGAGAUUGCGAACUAAUGGAUCUCACUUGUGAAUCCUUGUUGAAGGAAUUCUCUGAAAUUUUCCAGCUUUCUCUUGAACAAAGUUUGGUCUUUGAUUCGGAAGUUCCAGGGUAGGGUAUGCUUGCAGAGGAAUGAAUCUGCUUGGAUUAUGAACAACCCUUAUAUUGUCAUUGACUCAUUGGAUGCCAUCAAACUGGGCAACAAAUUCAUUGCUUGUAAAUAGGUAUAAAUGACCAAAUUAGCAUGGAAAACAAUCAGUACCAGGCUAAUAUGAGCAGCAUAGUUACCUGAUCGAAGUUUCAGGUACGUAGAGUUUCGAUGUAACAUCAAUUUGUUCUUCUGAGUUCUUCAUCAACAUAAAUAAAUCCUUCAUUAUGUAUAAUGUAAUUUUUUGUGAACAUCACCUGAAAGUAAAGUGAGGGAAGUCAUGUAAUUUUGUAGUUGAAUUCUCGCAGGCAUUUGACGUUUCCAAUAAUAUUCCUCCCAUUUGAGCCAUGUAAUUUUGAAAAACAGUCUCUGAGAAUAACUGACCUUACAAUUAGUGGAGUGAUAAGCAAGCAGGAUCUCUUGAAUAUUUAAAAGUUCUAUGGUAAAAGAUGGUGUUUUUAAUUUA